GAUAAGAGAGUGAAAAUGGCAGUGUGGAUCCAGGCCCAGCAGCUGCAGGGAGAUGCUCUACACCAGAUGCAGUCUCUCUACGGGCAACACUUCCCCAUAGAGGUGCGACACUACUUGUCCCAGUGGAUAGAGGGACAACUCUGGGAUGCGAUAGAUUUAGAGAACCCACAGGAGGAGAUUAAAGCCAAGCGUUUAUUGGACAGCCUGAUCCAGGAACUACAGAAGAAAGCAGAGCAUCAAGUGGGAGAAGAUGGCUUCUUACUCAAGAUUAAAUUAGGACAUUAUGCUUCACAGCUAAAGAGCACGUAUGACCGCUGUCCCCUGGAGCUGGUGAGAUGCAUCAAACACAUCCUGUACACAGAGCAAAGACUCGUCAGAGAGGCGACUAAUUCGAGUUCACCGGUGGGCGGCCUGAUGGACAGCAUGUCGCAGAAGUACCAUCAGAUAAACCAGGCAUUCGAGGAGCUCAGAAUAUUGACUCAGGACACAGAGAAUGACCUCAGAAAACUACAGCACAACCAGGAGUACUUCAUUAUACAGUACCAGGAGAGCCUCAGAAUACAGGCUCAGUUAUCAAGUCUGGCCACGCUGCCUCCAGCAGACCGACAGCUACGAGAGCCCAGUCUGCUCAGCAAGAGAGCCACAGUAGAGGCCUGGCUGACCCGAGAGGCCAACACCCUGCAGAAAUACAGACUGGGAUUGGCAGAGAAACACCAGAAGACACUGGCAUUGCUACGUAAACAGCAGACGGUGAUUCUUGACGAUGAGCUGAUUCAGUGGAAGAGACGUCAACAGCUGGCUGGCAAUGGCGGGCCGCCCGAGGGAGGACUGGACAUACUACAGUCAUGGUGUGAGAAGCUAGCAGAAACCAUUUGGCAGAAUCGUCAGCAGAUCCGGAGGGCGGAGCAUCUGAGACAGCAGCUGCCCAUUCCCGGCCCCAUCGAAGAGCUGCUGACCGAACUCAACAGCACCAUCACGGACAUCAUCUCAGCUUUAGUCACCAGUACCUUCAUCAUCGAAAAGCAGCCUCCUCAGGUGCUGAAAACACAAACUAAAUUUGCGGCGACAGUGCGUUUGCUGGUAGGUGGCAAACUGAACGUGCACAUGAACCCACCGCAGGUCAAAGCCACCAUCAUCAGCGAACAACAGGCCAAGGCCCUGCUCAAGAACGAAAACACCAGAAAUGACAGCAGUGGUGAGAUCUUGAAUAACAACUGUGUGAUGGAGUACCACCAGACCACAGGCACUCUCAGUGCACACUUUAGAAACAUGUCUCUGAAGCGGAUCAGGCGUUCAGACCGCAGAGGGGCAGAGUCUGUUACCGAGGAGAAGUUUACUAUUUUGUUUGAAUCACAGUUCAGUGUGGGGGGAAAUGAGCUGGUAUUUCAGGUUAAGACUCUCUCUUUGCCUGUGGUGGUAAUUGUCCAUGGAAGUCAAGACAACAAUGCCACGGCCACCGUUCUGUGGGACAAUGCAUUUGCUGAACCGGGACGGGUGCCUUUUAUUGUGCCCGACAAGGUGUUGUGGCCGCAGUUAUGUGAGGCUCUGAAUAUGAAGUACAAGGCGGAGGUGCAAUCAAAUCGAGGUCUGUCUGAGGAGAAUCUCGUCUUUCUUGCUCAGAAAGCCUUCAGCAGCUCCAGCGUCAACCCGGAGGACUACCGCAACAUGACCAUGACUUGGUCACAGUUUAACAGGGAGAGUCUACCAGGCAGGAACUUCACUUUUUGGCAGUGGUUUGAUGGUGUGAUGGAGCUCACUAAAAAACACCUGAAGCCUCACUGGAAUGAUGGGGCGAUUCUUGGCUUUGUGAAUAAACAGCAAGCUCAGGACAUGCUGAUGUCCAAACCCAACGGAACCUUCCUGUUGCGCUUCAGUGACUCAGAAAUUGGCGGCAUCACCAUAGCCUGGGUCGCAGAGAACCCUAACAAAGCAGGAGAAAGGAUGGUUUGGAACCUCAUGCCAUAUACAACCAAAGACUUUUCUAUCCGCUCCUUGGCGGAUCGCAUCAGUGACCUGAAUCAUCUCCUGUUCCUCUAUCCUGACCGGCCCAAAGACGAGGUCUUUAAAUACUACACCCCUCCGCUGUCUAAAGCUGUGGACGGAUACGUCAAACCACAGAUCAAACAAGUAGUGCCAGAGUUUGCGACACCUAACCCCGACCCUGCAGCAAACCCCACCUACAUGGACCAUGCGGCAUCUCCAGCUGUCAGUCAACCACAUGCUUAUGGACUCUAUCCUCCCAUUGGAGACCCUAUGCUGGAUGCUGAUGGUGAUUUCGAUCUGGACGACACCAUGGAUGUAGCGAGGCAUGUAGAGGAACUGCUCCGUCGACCGAUGGAGGGCCAGUGGAGCGGCCAGCAGUCACUAACGGCAGAGCGCACGAUGGCUGAGCCGCAGGCUUCUGAAUCCGUGGCGGGACCCUUUUACGAGCUCGCCUCCGAGGAGACCACUCCGACCCGGGACACAGUGGCGGCGGCGGCGGCGCUGAGCAUCGGCGAAACCUACCAGACAUACCUGGACGUGUCGGCGGCUGGACACCCGGGGUACGGGGCCGAGGGGGUGUACUCUAACGGACGGUACAGGGAACACAGCAGCCCGAGGAUCGGCACCCGGAACCGCGACAGCUCUGCAGAGAGGUGCACCGGCACCGGGAAUCCACCUUGCGGUAUUAUGAAGGAUGGUUCAAAGCAGAGGCAGGCAAGGAAGAAGACUGUCUCAUUCAGCUCCAUGCCAAGUGACCGGAAGAUGAACAGCACAGCUGCCUGCAUGGCUUUUAUGAUGGAAGGCUGUGAGAUGAAGAAAGUUCGCUCCAAUUCUCGCAUGUACAAUCGUUACUUCCUGUUGGACCCUGACAUGCGCUGGCUCCGCUGGGAACCAUCAAAGAAAGACUCCGAGAAGGCCAAGCUUGAGAUCAAGAGCAUCAAAGAAGUUCGAUUGGGAAAGAAAACACCCGUCCUACGCAGCAACGGCCUCUCGGAUCAGUUCCCGGAUGAGUGUGCAUUCUCAAUUAUAUACGGAGACAACUACGAGUCCCUGGAUCUGGUCGCCAGCACAGCAGAUGUGGUGAGCACCUGGGUGAUGGGACUGCGGUACCUGGUCUCAUACGGGCGGCACAUGGUGGGUGUAGUUGAACCUAGUCAACCCAGUGUAAGAACGUCCUGGAUUGGGUCCGUAUUUGAUCUAGCUGAUCCAGAAAGGCAAGGACACAUUGACCUAUUCCGGGCCACCCAAAUCAUCAAGGGUCUCAAUCCUGGCAUGAGGGAGUCCCGUAUUGAACUGAAGUUCAAAGAGCUACAGAAGGCUAAGGACUGCUAUGGUGAAGGCAUUGUUUUAGACACAUUUGUAGAGGCCUAUUGUGAACUGUGCACACGUCCUGAGAUCUUUUUCUUGCUGGUGCAGUUCUCCAGCAACAAAGAGUACCUGGACUCCAAGGACUUGAUGCUCUUUGUGGAGGUGGAGCAGGGAGUCGAGGGAGUCACUGAGGAAAUGUGUCGGGAGAUUGUGCACAAGUACGAACCCUCCGCUGAAGGACGUAACAAUGGCUACUUGUCCAUAGAUGGCUUCACACACUACCUCCUGUCAGCCGAGUGCCACAUUUUUGACCCGCAGCACAAGCAUGUUUGUCAGGAUAUGACACAGCCCCUUUCACACUACUACAUCAACUCUUCCCACAACGCCUCACUUUUGGAAGAUCACUAUUGGGGCUCGUCGGACCUCAGCAGUUAUGUUCGGGCUCUACGCAUGGGUUGUCGAAGCCUGGAGGUUGUAGUCUGGGAUGGCGCUGACUGUGAGCCUGUGGUCUAUGUCGGUAGCUCUGUUGCCUCCCAGCUGGCCUUCUGUAAAGUUCUAGAUGUCAUUAACCAGUAUGCCUUUGAGAGUUCAGAGUAUCCAUUAAUCCUCUGUCUUGUCACUCACUGCAGUGUUCCCCAGCAGAGGGUCAUGGCUCAACACCUGAAGAAGAUCCUUGGGGACAAACUGCACGUCAAUCCUCCCAAUAUGGAGGAUCACUACUUGCCCUCCCCUGAAAAACUCAAGGGAAAGAUACUCAUCAAAGGGAAGAGCUUGCCUUCAGACUUACAAGACUCUGAAGGGGAGGUCACAGAUGAAGAAGAAGGCUUCGAGAUGUCCAGGAGAAUGAUGGGUGGAGACGAUAAGGACCAGCUCAAUGGGGUUGGCUGCAAACGGUUACGACUCUGCAAAGAACUUUCUGACGUAGUCACCCUCUGCAAGUCUGUUCAGUUCCGUGACUUUGAGACAUCGAAACGGGAACAGAAGCAUUGGGAGAUUUGCUCCUUUAACGAGGUUGAUGCCAACCGCUUUGCCAAUGAGUUUCCUGAGGACUUUGUCUCCUACAAUAAGCGAUUUCUGUCACGGGUGUACCCUACGCCCAUGCGCAUUGAUGCUAGCAACAUGAAUCCACAGGACUUCUGGAAGUGUGGUUGCCAAAUCGUGGCCAUGAAUUACCAGACUCCAGGCUUGAUGAUGGAUUUGAACCUUGGUUGGUUUAGGCAAAACGGCAACUGUGGCUAUGUCCUGCGUCCAGCUAUAAUGCGUGAGGAGGUGUCGUAUUUCAGUGCCAAUGCUCGUGACUCACUUCCGGGAGUCUCAGCCCAACUUCUCCACAUCAAGGUGAUCAGCGGUCAAAACCUACCAAAGCCUCGAGGCUCGGCUGCUAAAGGUGAUGUGGUAGAGCCAUACAUCUACGUGGAGAUCCACGGAAUUCCUGCAGACUGCGCAGAACAACGCACAAAAACUGUCUCUCAAAAUGGUGACAAUCCAAUUUUUGAUGAAAGCUUUGAGUUCCAGAUCAACCUUCCGGAAUUGGCUGCUUUGCGUUUUGUUGUCCUUGAUGAUGACUACAUUGGCGAUGAAUUUAUUGGCCAGUACACCAUUCCUUUUGAGUGCCUGCUUCCUGGUUACCGGCACGUACCACUGCAGUCACUUACAGGGGAAUUUUUGCCUAACACCACGCUGUUUGUUCACGUUGCCAUUACAAAUCGUCGAGGUGGGGGCAAAGCCCAUAAGAGGGGUCUCUCUGUGAGAAAGGGCCGCAAAGCAAGGGAAUACACCUCCACUAAGACCACAGGGAUCAAAGUGGUAGAUGAGCUCUUCAGGGCAUCAACCCAGCCACUACGGGAAGCAACAGACCUACGGGAAAAUGUGCAGAAUGCCAUGGUGUCGUUCAAGGAGCUCUGCGGCUUGACUCCGGCAGCUAACAUGAAACAGUGUAUCCUGACUGUGUCCUCCUGGCUGAUGAACAGCGAGCGAGCGCUGCGGGUAACAGUAGAUCUGAGCGAGGCCUACCCCACCAUGGAAGCCCAUGGCCCCAUUCCAGAGCUGCUGCGUAAAGUGCUCACCGCUUAUGACACGAUGAUCCAGACGAGUCGCACACUGAUCGAAUCAGCCGAUGGCGUGUACUCUAAACUUACACAAGCACAGCGAGCAGGAUUGGACUUUCAUGAGGAUCUGCAUCGGAUCGGGGCGAGGGAAGGACUGAAAGGGAGGAAGUUACAGAAGGCCAUGGAGAGUUACGCUUGGAACAUCACUGUGCUGAAGGGCCAGGCAGACUUGUUGAAGCAUGCAAAAGGAGAGGCGGUAGACACUUUGCGACAGAUUCACUGUGCUGCUCACUCGUGCAGCUUGGCCAAGAACGGAGCAUCCACGUCCCCUGCCUCACCUCUACUGCCGCCCCACGCACGGCCCCUGCAUACCAUCCACGAGACUGAGCCGGACAACACCACCCUGCACUGAGAGAGAGGAAGAAUUUAUUCAUUUUUAUUUUAUUUUUUUUUCAGUUUAUCCACAUUGUGAGGAAGGUGGUCUUUGCCUCUUUAAACCAGGGAAAGGGAAGGUGGGGUGAUUCAGUGAAGGACACACAGGAGCCAGUUUAACUCUUCCCAGCUCCACCAUGCCUGCUGGGCUCUGGUCUUAAAUUGGUAUCCCCACCAUGGAGUCACAUUUUAAAGGAUUGUAGUGACCUGCUAUCCUGUGACACAGCUGCUGUUGAAAAUUUGCUGUGAUCACUUACUCUAGCCAUGAUAUCCUGUCAAAAGCCCCAAAUCUUGAUCAUAAUCAGUCAUGUAAAGGGAUCAAUCCCCCAAAAAAGAAAAUUCUGUCAUCGCCCCAAGUUCGUUCCAAAUCUGUAUGACUUCCGUUAAACACAAAAGAAGGCAUUUUGAAAAAUAAAUGUUCUUGUGGUUGUAGUUCAUACAAUGAAAGUCAAUGGGGUCCAUUGUUGUUUUGAACACCGCUGAGUUUCAUUGUAUGGACAAAAGUGGUUAAAACAUUCUUCAAAAUAUUUUCAUUUGUGAAAACCGAUGUUUCGUAAAUCUGCAGUAAAGUCUAAAAUGGGUCAAAACAGCAUGGUGGGUAUUAAACUUAGACUCCAGAUGGAGCUAGAAUUUUUGAAAAGUACAAAACUACUUGCUGAAACAGAAGUAAAGCAUUUUGAGCAAACAAAGAGAGCUUCAGGAAACAGAACAAGACAAAGCAAAGCGAAUAAGAACUCACUUAUAGAGGCAAAGGCCUCCUCAGUUUACACCAAUGUAGAACUAAAGACUCUCUCACUCCCCCUGCUGGCUCCUCCACACAUUUUUAUUAAUUUUAGAACUGACUUAAGAUAAAAGCUGUCAGCUCAAUACACCUUGGUCCUAAAAGGGGCCUUUCUCCAGGGGUCAUGUGUGUAUGUAUGUGUGUGUGUGUGUGUGUGUGUGUGUGUGUGUGUGUGUGUAUAUAUAUAUAUAUGUAUGUGCGAUGCGUAUGUGGUGUAUUUUGAAUAAGGAAAAGUGUGUAUAUUGUUUCUAAACUGGAAACUGGAUACGUCCCGUUGAGAUAGGCUCUACUGGGAAGAAUAGAAACUCUGGGAAAAUACGGAUCUCAGUUGUUGAGAAAAGCACCACUGAGGAUCAGACAAGCAAAUAAAUAUUUCAAUAAAUGAAGAAUUAAUCAUUUUAAGACAAAGUAAAGGACACUUGACUCUCAUUAAGAAACACAUUACACCCAAUAAUACACCCUGUUCAUGAAUAUUGUUAUUACUGCUGUUAAUAUUGUGGGUAGGUGUUAAUUAAAAUGGAGGUUAUUUUAUAUUUGCGUAAACAGGUGUCAUUCUGUUCCAGUUUUCAUCGGUGGAAACUUCACAGGAAGAGGAAAUGUGAAUGGUUGGGAAACGAGGGCACCAGGGUGGAAAAUAUAGUUUGGGUCAAAGAAUUUGGGUGUUUACUGUCACAUUAAUGUCGAAUAACAUCUGAUUGAGAUGAUUUCUGUCAUUUAUAAAAUCCACAUGAUGUUAUAUAAAAGCUAAUUGACAUCAGA